UUAAGGUUUAAUUAUUGAAUGUUGGCGAACGUGGAUUUUUGAAUUGCAAUCGAGAUUAACCUUAAAUUUGUUUAUUUCUUAUUUUCUUUGGGUUAUCAACAAAUAAAAUAAACAAAAACAACGAUAGUUGUCGUCAAGUGCAAUCAAAAUUAUGAGCGGUGCAAUGUGGAGAAGCGAAAGGGCUGUGGUUCGAUUCCUUCAGAGGAGGAUAAUAUCUGUACGCAACUACAGCAAUGCAGGCGAUAAUCACUUCGAUAUAAUCAUAGCAGGCGGUGGAAUGGUCGGAACAUCUUUGGCCACCGCUCUGGGUAAAAAUAGUAGGCUGUCAAGUAAGAGGAUCCUUCUGUUGGAGGGUGCAAAGGAGUUCAGCUGGACACUGCAGGAGGGCAAAUACAGCAAUCGUGUUGUCGCCCUGAACCCAAACACUCGCAAUUUCUUCAGCAGUCUCGGUGUAUGGAAUGCUAUAGAAGAUGGCAGAUAUGGCACGGUCAGGAAGAUGCAGGUUUGGGAUGGUCUGUCCAAUGCCAUGAUCACCUUCAGCCAUGAUAAUCUGAUUGAUCCAGUCGCAUACAUUGUGGAGAAUGAUUUGAUCUUGGAUGCGGUGAACAGGGAAGCAAAGACGCUCAACAAUGUGAAGAUACUGAACGAGGCCAAGAUCAAAGGGUACAAACUGAAGGGACACGAGAGCAACGUUAAUUCUGUUGUGAUGGACAACGGAAAUAAUUACACCUGCAAUUUAUUGCUGGGAUGCGACGGGGCCAACUCUCAGGUCAGGAAGGCGAUGGACGUGCAAAAUAUGUCGUGGAAUUACGAUCAGAUGGGUGUCGUCGCCACGCUUCAUCUCUCCGAGGCCAAUGACAACAUCGUCGCCUGGCAGAGGUUCCUGCCCAAAGGUCCGAUAGCUUUGCUUCCCCUCGCCGAUAAUCUAAGCUCCCUCGUCUGGUCGACGUCUCCAGAUGAGGCCAAGCAUCUUCUGGGAUUGCCGAACGAUCAGUUCGUGGAUGCCGUCAACGGUGCUCUCUGGAAGGUCCAUACAACGGCCGGCUUCGUGGAUGAAGUCACCAAGGCCUUCGAUGGUUUCAUGCAGUCGCUGAUCGGUCGUUCGAACGCCGUCCGUCAGCUACCACCUCACGUCGCCUCCUUGGAGGAUGGCAGCAGGGCCGCAUUUCCUCUUGGUUUUGGACACGCCAUCAAUUACGUGAAAGAUGGGGUUGCACUCGUGGGAGAUGCCGCCCAUCGUGUCCAUCCGCUUGCCGGUCAAGGGGUCAAUCUGGGAUUCGGCGAUGCGGCAUGCCUGAGCCGCCUCCUCGGCGAAUCCGUCUACAACGGGAAGACACUAGGUGAUCUCGAUGACCUGAAGCAUUACGAAUGCGAGCGACAGAGACACAACGUACCGACAAUGCUAGCGGUCGACGGUCUGCAGAAAUUGUACAACACCGAAUUCACACCAGUCGUCCUUCUGAGAAGCGUCGGCCUGCAGUUCACAAACGCCCUCGAUCCCCUAAAAAAACUCAUCAUGCAGCAAAGCGCAGCCUAAGUGCAAGGAGAUUUUUUUUUGGAAAAGUAUAUAGUUAUUGUUGUUGAUUUUGUUACUUGUACAUAAAUAUUUUGACGAAUAGAUUUGUCGAAGCUACUA